AUGGACGCGGAGGGGGAGCCGUCCACCCGGGACCCCCGGGACCCCCAGGACGCCGAGCUGCCGGAGGGGACCUCCGCAGCCCACCCCAGCCCACCAGCCUCCGGCAGUGAGCCACCUGGCCGCCCGGCGAGGCCGCGACGGAAAGCGCCGGCACGUCGACCGGCCAAAACGCCGGGACACCCGGGGGGCCUGGGACCGCUGAAGGAGCUGCUGGGGCUCCGGGGGGGUCGCCUGCGCCCCACCAUCUGCAGCGAGUGCGGGAAGGGUUUCAGCCGCAGCUCGGACCUGGCACGUCACCAGAUCACCCACACCGGUGAGAAGCCCUACACCUGCGGUGCCUGCGGCAAAGGCUUCAGCCAAAACUCCAACCUGGUCACCCACCAACGUAUCCACACCGGCGAAAAGCCCUACGCCUGCGGCGCUUGCGGCAAACGGUUCAGUGAGAGCUCGGCCCUCAUCCAGCAUCAGCGGACCCACACCGGCGAGAAACCCUAUAGCUGCGGCGAGUGCGGGAAACGCUUCAGCGUCAGCUCCAACCUCAUCCGUCACCGCCGCACCCACACCGAUGAGAAGCCCUACAUCUGUGGGGAGUGCGGGGACGGCUUUCGCCACAAGUCCCAGCUCCAUCGGCAUCAGAAGCUUCAUGCCGGUCAGCGCCCCUUUAUCUGCAACGAGUGCGGGAAGAGCUUCAGCCACUGGUCGAAGCUGCUGCGGCAUCAGCGGACUCACACCGGGGAACGGCCCAGCACCUGUGGGGAGUGCGGCAAGAGCUUCAGCCAAAACUCGCACCUGGUUCAGCACCGUCGGACGCACACCGGGGAGAAGCCAUAUCGCUGCGGGGACUGCGGCAAGAGCUUCAGCUGGAGCUCCAACCUCAUCCAACACCAGCGCAUCCACACCGGGGAGAAGCCCUACACCUGUGGGCAGUGCGGCAAGAGCUUCACCCAAAGCAAGAACCUCAUCAAGCACCAACGCACCCACUCGGGCGCCCGGCCCCACCGCUGCGGGCAGUGCGGCCGCGGCUUUGCCCAGAGCACCAACCUGCUGAAGCAUCAGCGGGUUCACGCUGCCCGCGGCCAGCCCUCACCCUGCCCAGAGUGCGGGCAGAGCUGCCGCGACGGUGCUGAGCUGGAGCGUCACCGAGCGCAGGCUCAUGGCCAUGAGCCCUACAUCUGCGUGGAGUGCGGGGAGAGCUUCGCCAAGAGUGCCACACUCAACCGCCACAAGCGCGUCCACAAGCCCCUCUUUGUCCGCUGAGACUGGCUGGGGGGACACGAGGGGGGACGCACGGACUGCGCUGCGGGCA